AUGGUACAGGAUCGAACUGGCUUAAAAAUCCGACUCGGAAAUUUGAUCACCUUCAACACGAAGUACGUGAUAGGCAGUGAUCUUUUUGUCAUAUUAAACCUGGCUAUUCAUGAAGAACCAUAUGAAUCUGACGACCUUAAAACACUCAGCAGAAAAUCACAAAAUUAUGAAGACGACUCUAAAUGUCCCCCACCUCCAACAAAUUUGUUACCAAUUGUUGGCGAUGGUGUAGAAUGUACAUCUGAUAUUCAGUGCCGUGAUGAAGAUAGCAAAUGUUGUUACAACGGAGACAAGUACACUUGUAUGCCAACGGUGAAACCUCCGCCAUGUGGGACAAGUUUUAUAUAUUUCUCAUUUUGUAAAUAA